AUGUCUGCGAUCGACGUCGAGAUUCAUGGGGGGGAUGAUUGGUCUCCUACCAGCGUGGUGGAGGACUUGGAGGGCAACGGCUUGGAGGAUGGAGUCCCUGAGGUUGAAGAAGUCGAGAGUGGUGCCGGUACGGAAGGCAUUGGCAAAAGGAAGCGACGGGUCGGUGAAAGGCAGGGUGAGAUGGAUGAUAGCCCUUCUAAGCGCGGACAUGGCGGGACCCUUACUGCUGAUGAGAUGCGUCAACUGUUGAGUCAGCCCAUGAUGGAGAUGAAGGAGGCAUGGGGUCGCCUGGAAAGACGGGUUGACAAGGUCGAGGGGACGGUUGCUGGACAGAAGAAGGAGAUCAAGGCGGUACAUGCUAGACAGAAAGUCAUGGACCAGCAACUUCAGGGGGUACAAGCGAAGGGAGAUGCAACGUCCCGAAGGGUUGACUCCGUUGAGGGUGACAUUGCUAGUCUCAAAGCCAAGAUUGAUGAGAUUAACCUCUCCCGCGGUGGGGAAACGGGCGAAGGGCAUCCAGUCGAUCCUUGGGGGGACUAUCUCAAGAACAAGAAUGCGAUGACGAACGGAAUGGCGCAAGGGAUG